AUGGGGAAUAAAGUAGUAACAUUUACAGAACAACAACUAGAAGAUUACCAGGACUGUACAUUUUUUACGAGGAAGGAAAUACUACGGACUAAAGCAUUUUUUCUGACUUUUAUCAAACAGCGUAUCUUUGAAAUACCAUUAUUAAAGAAAGAAUUUCAUUGUAUCUGCUUGAUACGCUACCACUAUAGCACACAGUUAUCGAUUAACUUCACGUUAUUUCAGUCGAGCUCCUUUCUAUUUAAUUAUUGUAUCACGUGCGCAAAUAUUCAGUUAGUAUUCAAAAGGUUUAGAGAAGUGAAUCCAGAGCUUGUACCAAAGCGAAUGACUGAAAACCAAGCUCACACGAUAGCUGUUCCAGUUGAGGAAAUAGAAAAACUUCCGGAACUAAAGGAAAACCCUUUCAAGAGGCGUAUUUGCCAAGUCUUCUCCCAUGACGGAACCGGUAAUUUGACGUUUGAAGAUUUCUUAGACAUGAUGUCGGUGUUCAGCGAAGCAGCGCCACGAGAUAUUAAAGCCUGGUACGCCUUCCGUAUUUACGACCUAGAUGACGACAUGUACAUCGGUAGAGAAGAUUUGCUUGAGGCUACAAGACUUCUAACUAAAGGGGAACUGCAAGCCCAAGAACGUGAUGAAAUAGUGGCCAGUGUGUUGGACGAGGCCGACGUCGAUGGCGACGGACGACUCUCGUUCAUGGACUUUGAACACGUCGUUGUUCGUGCACCAGAUUUCCUAUCUACGUUCCAUAUAAGAGUG